GUCAGCUGAGCCAUAAUGGCGUCUGCAGGGGACAACCGAACACAAACGGGACGAGGGCGGUCUCAUGCUGAGCGACUUCCGCGUCUCCUUUCCUGGGCUGGGACGGCGGCUUCAAGUGAAACGCUCUUGUUCACAAACUUUAUCUCAAACUUCAGGCCUAUCCCGUACAUAUCAGCAAUGUCUCAGUCUGGAGAAAAAGGGAAGUUCCCUGAUGCAGCUGGCUACGUGGGGUUUGCAAACCUCCCAAACCAAGUUCACCGAAAGUCUGUAAAAAAAGGAUUUGAAUUUACCCUCAUGGUUGUAGGGGAGUCUGGUUUGGGCAAAUCAACACUUAUAAACAGCUUGUUCCUCACUGAUCUCUACCCUGAACGCUACAUUCCUGGCGCUGCAGAGAAGAUUGAGAGGACGGUGCAGAUCGAGGCGUCUACCGUGGAGAUCGAAGAGAGGGGAGUGAAGCUCCGCCUCACUGUGGUGGAUACACCGGGCUACGGCGACGCCAUCAACAGCCAGGACUGUUUUAAGACCAUCAUUCAGUACAUCGACAAUCAGUUUGAGCGCUACCUCCACGACGAGAGCGGCCUCAACCGACGGCAUAUAGUGGACAACAGGGUGCACUGCUGCUUCUACUUCAUAUCGCCUUUUGGACACGGUCUAAAGCCUUUGGAUGUGGAGUUUAUGAAAGCCAUCCACAGCAAAGUUAAUAUCGUCCCAGUGAUUGCUAAGGCCGAUACGCUGACACUGAAAGAGAGGGAUCGCUUGAAGAGGCGGAUUCUGGACGAGAUCGCUGAGCACGGAAUUCGAAUUUAUCAGCUACCUGAUGCAGACUCGGACGAGGAUGAGGAGUUCAAGGAGCAGACCAGAGUCCUCAAAGCCAGCAUUCCCUUUGCUGUGAUUGGCUCCAACCAGCUGAUCGAGGUAAAGGGCAAGAAGAUCCGCGGUCGCCUGUACCCAUGGGGAGUCGUGGAAGUGGAAAACCCAGAGCACAAUGACUUCCUCAAGCUCCGUACCAUGCUCGUGACGCACAUGCAAGACCUGCAGGAGGUGACCCAGGACCUGCAUUAUGAGAACUUCCGCUCAGAGAGGCUGAAGAGAGCAGGAAGAGCUGUGGAUGAGGAUGUGAUGGAUAAAGACCAGAUACUGCUACAGAAAGAGGCAGAGCUGAGACGCAUGCAAGAGAUGAUCGCUCAGAUGCAGGCGCAGAUGAAGAUGAAAUCAGACGAGUGAAACUAAACACGCACAUACACACAAUGCUGUCACCCUAUACAAUCUGCAAAAGUUUUUAGGAUCCAGGUGUCUGCACCUCCAUGCCUCAUUUGUCCUUCCGUCUUGCCUUACUUGCCUUCAGUGCAUGACUCUUUAGUUUAAAAAAAAUAAAUAAAUAGAUGUUUUUUAUGUUGUACUUUUCUACAUGGCUUUACAGUGAAUUAAAAUUCACUGGUGGAUUUCAUCAUUAUCUUUACAUUAUGAUCUGUCAGGCUGCCGGAUGAUCAGAUACGAUCACACUCGCGUUUACCAAAAGGUUUUCUCUUCAGUCUUAAUAAUAGCCAAUUGUGGGUCUUUUAUGACCACUGUUACAUGUGGAAAGUUGUUUGCGUCUGUUCAUGUCACACACUAGAGCAUGAGCAUGUCUUUUUGUCACCUUUUCCAUCCACAAAAAUGUCUAAGGCAACUAUACAGUAAUAAUAAUCAUAAAAAUAACACAGAUGGUGUUUAAGUACCAUGCUGCUACUAUAGUGGUACUUAUGAGGCGUAUGACGUCACUGUCUUCACUACAAAAAGCUCAUGUUUAGCAAAAGUCUCUAUUUACAAUACAGUGGUACAUCGACUUACGACUGACCCCACUUACGUUUUUUGAGAUAUGAACUGUCAAUUGGCCUUUUUUUUUGCAUUUAUUGGAGACUCUAAAUUACCCGUAGGUGUGACUGUGAGUGCGAAUGGUUGUUUGUUUGUAUGUGCCCUGCGAUUGGCUGGCAACCAGUUCAGGGUGUACCCCGCCUCCUGCCCGAUGACAGCUGGGAUAGGCUCCAGCACGCCCGCGACCCUAGUGAGGAGAAGCGGCACAGAAAAUGGAUGGAUGGAUGUUUUGCGAGUAAAAAGUUUAAUUUCAAGCGCAAGAUGGUGACAGUUUCAACCGGUUUAUUGCCACUGCCAGCUGAAGUUUACUGUAAAGCUAAACAUAAAACAAGGACCAUUACAUGUUGUGUGUAUUUAACUAAACCACAUAACUUUGCGUUAGUGUGCUAGCUUCAUGCUAACACAUACUGGGAAACGCCUUAGACAGGCUAAUAAACUAGCAUCCACGUAGCAGUGUUGUAACGCUUAAAGCAAUUUAUAUUGGAACACAAACAGCGGCAUCACUUGCAGAAAGCAUACAACAAUGCUGACAGGCAUAUUUAUUGUCUCUGAAAAAGGAUUAAUAUUACCACAGAUCAAAAUGUAUAUCUCUAUGUAUUAUACUGUCACCUGGUUGCCAAGACACGCACCCCAGAAGCAGGACAAUGAACUACAGUAAAGCAUAAGAUCAUAAUCAACAAACUUUAAUUCUUUACAUUCUAUUUUAUUAUGUUAUUACAUACAGUAAGUAGUGGUGUUUUUUUUAAUUUAAUAAAUGUUUUGUUGUUUAUUUUGGGAGGCUCGAAGGGCAUUUCCAUUUAUUUUAAUUUGGUAUUUUGAGUUAUGAUUCUGGUCACAGAGCGAAUUAAAUUCGUAAGUCAAGGCACCACUGUCUAGACUUUCGAUCAUGGCCAAAUGAGCUGUAGUCAAUUUGGCAUUUUCAUGUCAAAAAUAUUCUUUUGUGUACUCGCAUGGCAUCACUGAUGUGCCAUUCACAGUUCUAUUUUAUACUGUUAUGCAAAUGUACUUGUUAACCAAAAUGUACACUCGUUAACCAUGACUGAUUAGGUGUACAUCCACUGAAAUAAAAGUUUGUUUACAAAAUA